GAAAUUGUGGCGAACGUCAAGCGAAUUCACUCGUCCCUUCGAUGAAAGCGUGCAUUCGCAAGGAUAAAGAUGUUCCCAUGCGAGUUUACUAACUGCGCAAUCGCAUAUCGCAUCGCGCGGCGCAAUAGGCCAGCAAAAAUGCAAGUGAAUGUUCGCGCGGUAUAUAUAAAGAAGAGUAUCGCGUAGGAUGCUGCAAUUCUCGUAAUCCAACUAUCCAACAGCCGGGAUCGUCUUUCGUCUUUCAACUUUCAACGUCAGUCAUAUCUUUUUCGCGCGUCGCGGAGAAGUGGAAAAGUGUGUAUACGUGUGUGUGUGUGAGAUUGUCCACCAACAAAGGUCUUUGCUCUCGUGCGAUGUUUCUCCCUGUGUACAAGUAUAAUUUCCAACAAACUAUCCGUAGUAUGAUAUUUCUUCUCUGCGUCUCGCUGACAAUCAGCUUUAGUCGAGGAAAUCUUCCUCAUCGAGGAUCACUCGGCAACUCGAGGCACGCCUUCUCGUGCGCACCUCUCGAUUCGGCGUCGUCUACAGCCCCAACUGUCGCGUGUGCCGAACCUGAUGGACCUGAUGAACCGACGACGACUCCUACCUACGUUAAAGUGUCAGCGCCUUUGUUAUACAAGCCUUUACCAAGGACAUCUUCCCUGGUAUACGUUGCACCGCCCAUCGUGAAAUCCGCCUCAGCUGUCGUGGCUACCGAGCCCAAGACGUUGGAGAAAGAUGUUCGAUAUAUGGCAUAUCCCAAGUAUUCCUUCAAUUACGGCGUGAUCGACGGAUAUACCGGCGACUCGAAAUCAGCCUGGGAAGAGCGAGAUGGAGAUACGGUCAGAGGCGAAUACUCGGUGGUUGAAGCGGAUGGAACUAUCCGCACAGUCUCUUACACGGCGGACGAUCGUAAUGGCUUCAAUGCGGUUGUGACUAGAAGCGAGCCUCCGAUCAACGCGAAAUCUGCAGUUGAUGUCAAAACAUUCGUACCUAUUGCCAUAUUUGCUAGGGACAGGCGUAAAAUUCUAUUCAAACCGUAAUCUCUCCUGCUUCUUUUCACGUGCGAAAUAUCUCCUUUUAUUUCCUCUCCUUUAUACUUUCCAUAGGUUUUUCUGCUUCCUUUUUUCCUUUGCAUUCUAUUGAUACAAUUUCACUCUUGUAUACAUUAUACAUUGAAUAUAUCAACUUCUUUUUACCUUU